AUGAGCAACGUUCCUGAUGCGUGGGACGACGAGUGGUCUACGGCAGCAGAUAAGGCUCCGACUCCUCUCGAUCAGAGCGAGCCCCGGAAGAUCUCCUCCAAAGUGUCCAAAGCUCAACGGCGAGCUCAACAAGCGGAAUUCAAUCGUCAGCUUUGGGCUGAAGCCGAAGGACCGCGGGAGACAAACUACUUCCUCGAGUCCCGCAAUGCCGUACCCUUGCGCAGCGAAUUCAAGCCUCCUCCCGUCCUUCUGUCGCGCAAGGGCCCUCCAAUCGUCCAGUCCCGCCGACCGCCCACGGAUGCACUGAACGACCUCAGGCUCGACAAGAAUGCUGAGUCUUCUGAAGACGAAGACGAGAUCAAAGCGCGAGAGAAAAACCUGGCCGAACGCCAGGCUCAAGCAGCGAGAGACCGCGAAGAGAAGCAGCGAAAGUACGAAGAGCGGCGGCAAGAGCUUUUCGGCACACCUAGCACAACGAACAAUGCCAAUGGCAGACCGACCAGUCGCUCCGGCACAUCAACGCCGAACAGCAAUACACCACCGAGCUCGAGGUCAGCUACACCCAAUAGAGGCAGAGGUCGGGGCCGAGGUCGCGGAGGCGGGGGCGUGACCACGGGGAGUCAGUCGCAUGGUCGGAACUCGCAGCGCCAGCAAGACCUAUUUGAUCCCACUUACUCCGCAAAGCCGGAAUCAGCCUAUGUCUCAAGACGCGAGAGCCCACAGAGCCUGCCAAAGCUGGAGCAGCCCGUUAGAACACCCAAGGGUCCGGACGGCAGCGGUCGCGGCGGCUUUGGAUUUGCGACUCGAGGCGGCAAACGACCCACCACAAUGAAUGCGAUCAUGCCGCUCUUGGAAUCGGAAACAUGA